AUGAGUCAAUCCGGUCAUGAUGAGGGCUUUCGCCAGUACCUCCCGAAUCUCAACCAACCCAGGUUCCAGGACAUGAAGAAGCAAGAUGCUUACGAGUAUGCGGAAAUCUUCAAGAAAGGUGGACAGCCUCCCUGGCUUCACGGCUUGUAUCUGCACUGGCGCAAGCUAUUCAAUGAGCCCUACCAAGGCGUCACCUCCGACGGUGUCGUGAAAGAUGGCCUCUUCGAGUUGCAAGACGACGGCAUCCCCAUCGAAUCCAUAGUAGAAGCUGCGAACAGUCUUUGUAGCAGCCUAAGCGAAGAACAAAAGAACAAGACCUUUUACCAUAUCGACAGUCCAGAGUGGCGCUCAUGGUCAAACCCCGAGUUCCUGCUCAGUGACAAAGGCAUUCGUCUUGAUGAGGUCACAAAUGAUCUCAGGGAAAAAGUUCUCAAAGUCCUGGGGCUUACCCUCUCUGAUGAAGGAUAUGAAAAGGCAAUCGGUGCUAUGCGGGUCAACCAUUUUCUGGGGGAACUCGUAGAGUCGCCUUCCGUCAUGAAUGAAUUUUCAUAUAAUUUCGCUCUUUUCGGGGACCCCUCCACGACUCGUCCUUGGGGUUUUUCAUUCUACGGCCAUCAUCUCUGUCUAAACAUAUUUCUAUACAAGUCUCAAAUCGUGGUGUCGCCGUGGUUCACUGGCGCAGAGCCGAACUUGAUCGAUGACGGACCAUACAAAGGCACACGGAUCCUACAUAGAGAGGAAGCUCUUGGAUUAAAGCUGAUGCAGUCUCUUUCACCUGACCAGAAGAAAGCAGCUCAAGUCUAUGAGCUUAUGAAGGACCCCGCUAUGCCACAUGCGAGAUGGAAUCACGAUGACCAACGACAUUUGUGUGGUGCUUAUCGCGACAACAGAGUCGUUCCAUACGAGGGUAUUCUUGUGUCAGAGAUGACUGAGGAGCAGCACAAAUAUGUCCUAGACAUCGCAUAUGAGUUCCUCCUAUACCUACCUGCCAAAGCUAGACAGAUACGUCUGGAUCAGAUCAAGGAGUGGUUCCAUGAGACAGCCCGGUGGUGA